GCAACACGAUAGUUGGUCUCCUACAAACAACUACUUACCAUUGUGUUCCGCAUCGCUCACUUUGAAUGUGUGUGGACAGUAAACUGUUAAUCGAUUGACUCGAGCUAGAACAACGCGCAAUAGUAGGGUAGCAUCGCAGAGAUUAAUAGACACAACCUUAUUCACAUAACUAAUGAACCACACCUGUAUUGGUCUCUUAUUUUGACGAUGUCUUCAUCGAGAGUAUAAUGGAGAACGAGGAAGAGUCGCCUUUUCGAAUCAUCUCCACUGUCCGAGCACUGAACUCGGCAUUACGGGACAAGCUCCGGGAUGAUACCGAGACUACGCGUUCCUGUGGAGGAGACAGGGUCCCAAAUGAGCCAGCGAAACUCUGGUUCAAGGAAAGCAGUGCGAAAAAUCUCAGAAACCGAGACUUCCUUUCGCCAAACACGGUUUUAACUGCACUAUACGACGAUGGACAGGUGCCCCCGGCAGUGCUGAAUAAUGUGUUGUCGGCACAUGGAAGUGGUGUGUUGCCACUGCAUGGGGCAGAGGUAGUGGCAGAGGGUCUGCGUGUUUGUGUGGACCACCCUGCCGCUUUCCGGAGAGUUCUAAGCCGAGCGGCUGAGUACCUUCGCCCGUCAGGGGCACAGAGGGAAGGGUGUGUGCUGCUCAACUGUCCUGCACUGCACACCAGAGACACACACAUCACCUCCCACACCCUUACUCUGGGACAGCUACGCACAGUGCUCAUUGCAGACCAUCUGGGCGUUCUGCUGAGAAGACAAGGGUACUCUGUUUUGUACUGUCCGGCUCUGCCAGAGGAUGGUGACAUCAUCAACUUCAUCAAGGCGCUGGGUGUUGAUUGGCCAACUGUACCAGUCAGCUGGAGCAAUGAAGGGAGAGAGCAGAAGGUAUUGGAGGACCUGCGGAGCUCUCCAUACAGAGAGAUGGAAUGUGAGAAAGAGAAGACAAGAAGAAAUGGAGAGGAGACAGAGGAAGAGGAGCACCGGGUGGAGAGAGAGGUGAAGAUUAACCUGAAAGAGGUGGUCCAGGAGCAGGGCCUUCAGGGAUACGACCCCAGUCUUGGCACCUGCACAGUCCAAAGGGAGACUAUUGCUCACCUGGCCCAGUUGGACAGAGUAGCUGCUGCAGCUGACAGUUCGGUUGCCAUGACUGUCCUGCAUGUCGCGUCCUGUCAGGAUGAGUUCCGUCAGCAGCAGACAGCUAUGCUCUGGAGGGCGUCGGGAGCUACGGCAACGCAGAGACUGGUGGUGUGUGGGCCAGUGAAGACCCCAGGAGCUCAACUCAGUGCUGCUCAAUAUUUACAGUUGAGGAGAUCCCAGAUGAAAGAGGCGUCUGAAAUGAAAUAUGGAGAACAGGUUGAAGGACAGACAUGGGAUGACAUCAUCAGGGUCAUGACAUCUGCGACAGUCAGAUUUGAGCUGUUGUCGACUGUUCACACUAGUCCGGUGACUCUGGAGGUGCAGAAAGAGGGGGGCGUGUCCACCAAGGGCCCAAGGGGCGGGGUCUUUGUGAUGUACAACUGUGCACGCCUACACACCCUCUUCAGCAGUUACGAGAGAGGCGUCCAGGAAGGAAUUUACCCAGAAAUUCCUGAGAGCUCAGAGCUGGACUUCUCCUCCUUAAAAGAAGAGGGGGAGUGGCUCCUUCUCUUCAAUUAUCUCAUACCCUAUUCAGAACUUCUUGACCAAUCAGGGAGAACACUGGAACUUGAAGGAGGAGGUGUCAGAGUUAACCUUAAGACUGAACAAGCGUGCAAAUUUCUGGUGUCUCUGAGUAAAGAUUUCAGCUCCUACUACAACAGGGUCCAUGUGCUUGGGGUAAGACACUGUGCAUGUGUGUGGAUUUGCAGUUGGAUGGAACACAUAAUUAUAUAUUUUUUUACAGACACCCACCUUACAACUGAUAUUAUAUCUUUAAGACAUUUCAUGGCAGAACGAGAAUCUCUCAGAUACAAUCUUCGGUCUGACAAAUUCAUCAGAAUGUUGAAAAAUGUAUACAUUCGUUAGCCCAAGAAUGUGCAUCAUAUUAUUAAAAUAUUGAAUUGUUUUAUUUCAUUAUGAAUAAUUAGCCUCUGUCAAGUACUUUGCUAGACAUGUACUCAUUGAUAUAUUUGGCGUAUUUAGAACAAACUGGGAUAUAGGGCAGCAGACGGAAAAUGCGAGAUAUUGUGUUGAGGUAUAAAUUAUACAUUAAAAUAAUACCUUUAAAAUGGGCUUUGCCAGAUGUAAAGUAUUCAAUGUAAAAUGAGUAUUGAACAAACGGAAAUAAUGCUUUUCUGCUUAUAGUAACAAUAGUGAUAAAUUAUGCAGACCUAAACCACAAAGAUCUCAUCAGCUUCUGUGUAAUAUCUGAAACAGCAUUCUGUGUCAUUAGAAAUGUCUGAACAGAUGUUUUUAUUGCACUGCUAGACUAUGCCUAACCUAGCCUCCACCCCUUCUCAUUGCAUACCAAGGGUCAAGUUCAUGUCACUUUUAUUAUCAGGCACUAAGUGUCGCUGUUCCGGGGUGCCCAGAUGACGUGCUGACAUGGAUAUAGAUGAAAACAUUUGAUCAAAAACAUGCAAAAUUCAUCAUAUUUUAAAGGCUAUAUCAAAUAUAUCAUCAUUGCAGUGCUGUAGAUCUUUAAAAUGCAAAAAAACCCCGAAUAGACAGACAGGGGCCACUUGAGAUGACUGGUGUGCUGGAUAGUGAGUCAUACUGUGAGCCACCUAAGGCCAUUAGCACUGUGGCCUUAUGGUACUGAAUCACUGUGUGUGUGUGCGUGUGUGUGUCAGUGUGUCAGAUAAGUAUGUUAAUACAUUUUGAGUGUGUGAGUCAGGGCUGGAAUGACAGAGGGACCUCCGGUGAUUAAAGCAGUUCACUUGGAGUUCAGUCCUUAACCUCUAACCCCACUUGUGUCCCCCUUCUCUUUUUCUUACUGUCCCUCUUUUCCAUUUGCCCUCCUUGGGGCUGUCCACCCUUCUCUCGCUCU